AUGUACACCGGAGCAAUAAACAGAGCGAUCUUACUGAAACGCAUGCAAGUUUUUAAUCCAAACUGCAGAGGUGUUACAAACUGCGAGACUCUAAUCCACUAGACGUUGUAGAUACGUCAAACUAAACGUACAGAGGAUAAAGAAGGGAAUAAAGCAUUUCUUUUAAUCCCUGAUCGUAUAUUGAUAUAAUCGCUGUAUUGUCCUGGUUUACAUGCAAUCAAAACUGUCACAAAGAAGGCUGCUGAAGAGGAACUGUACGAUUUACGGCAGGGAUCCGUUUUUGGAGAUCACAUUCAUAGAAAAAAUAUGGAGCGUCUGAACUUUGCCUCCCUCAGAGUCUGCGCCACAGUGGCCCCGCUGGAUUGAGAGGUCUGCAGCGGUGCCCCCCUCCUUCCGUCGAUUCGGACCCCUCUGCCACUCCCAGGCCCCGGACCCUCCUCAUCUGCGCAGAACCCCUGAAGCUGUGAGGGAACCUGCGGAUAACCGCCUGACGUUUGGAUAUACCAGUGAGCACAGGAAGCUUACAGCAAAACUUUGGACCCGGUUCUCCGAUUAGACUUGGCAACUGGAAGACGUCGGAAGGGAAAGCUUUAAGCUUUCACCAGGAGUUCUCCUCUGACGACAACUCUGACGUGGUCCAGGAUACAGAUGCUAAUCUUUUAGCCAUCCUUCCCAGGGUUUCAGAACUAAGGAAGUAUUUUGAGCGUGUCGCCUGCAAUUUAGAGAUGAACAGGAAGGAGCGCAUCGCCAGGCGGCUGGAGGGCAUCGAGGGUGACGCUGGCCUGGUGUCCCACCGCCUGCUGGAGGAGGACACCCCACGCUACACACGUGCCACCGAUCUCUGUGAGCCGUGUGUUGUGGUGCGGAGAUACAGCAGGGAAGAGCUGCCGGUCCCACCAGCUGUAGAUGUUAUCGCCCCAGAGAGGCAGUCCAGAGUCCGGGUGCGAGCUGAACCGAAGACCACCCAGGCCCCGCCCUACAGCUCCACAUCGGUGCUGGCAGAGCUGGACUCCAAGGCAGAGCGGAUCGCCCGCUACAAGGCGGAGCGCAGGCGGCAGCUGGCAGAGCGCUACGGGAUCUCCCUGGAUCAGGAGUCGGAGGUGGAGCCCAGCACGCCUCGCCGUGGUUACGGGCGCACACGUACGCAGCUGGAGGAGGGGGGCAGGGGCUGUGGCCAGAGGCCACAGGAGAGACACUCCUUACGGGCUUCAGGGGGAUCACAUAGCAGCAGCUCUGGGGUGGGCCGGGUCUUCAUGGCGGCACAGCCAGGACCCCUAGCGGCUGCCCCCGGCUCCUCGGAGCAUGAGAGAGUGAUGAAUCUGGAGAACUCCAGGCGAGACCGAGACAGAGACAGGGGAGCCCAGCCUGUGUCACCCCCCAGCUACACAGACCCGCCAGUGUCCUCCACCAAGACCCCUCCCAGAGAGACACCCUUAGCAGGAGUGCCCAGCUCCCCCAGGACCGGCCGCAGAGCCUCCCUGCCCAACCCGCGGUACGGCGUCUCCCCCGGGGACUUGUUCAUCGAGCAGCAGGCACAGAACAUCCUCAACAGGCAGGGUAUUAAAGCUAGGGAGAGGCGGAUGAAAGAUGACCUCCCACACAGGAGUGCAGAGUUGGGGUUUGACGCACCACCCCCCAGACAACACCCCCAGGUCCCCAUCCACCAAGUGCCGCCCCACCCCGAUCCCACGCACGGCAGGAUGGGCGCCGACCCCACGCACGGCAGGAUGGGCGCCGACCCCACGCACGGCAGGAUGGGCGCCGACCCCACGCACGGCAGGAUGGCCGCCGCCCACCCCGACCCCACGCACGGCAGGAUGGGCGCCGACCCCACGCACGGCAGGAUGGGCGGCGACCCCACGCACGGCAGGAUGGCCGCCGCCCACCCCGACCCCACGCACGGCAGGAUGAUCGCCGACCCCAUGCACGGCAGGAUGAUCACCGACCCCACGCACGGCAGGAUGAUCGCCGACCCCAUGCACGGCAGGAUGAUCACCGACCCCACGCACGGCAGGACGAUCGCCGACCCCACGCACGGCAGGAUGGCCGGCGCCCACCAUGGUGUAAGGUCCCAGCAGACACCCAGCGCCCGGCGCCCCAUCGGCCAGUACCGGAGCCCCGAGAGGAGAGCCAGCAUGGAGUUUACCCCCGAUAUGCAAGUGGCAGGCGGCUCGCCGGUCAAGACAGAGGGGCUGCUGCGGAGCAGGAAGGCCGUGCUGCCCUCAGAGGUGCGCCACUGGGAGAGGAGCGGCGACACUCCCUAUAGGGCUGGGCCAGGAGAGGAGGAAGAGGACGAUGAGCAGUCAGUUCGCAUCAUAGGUCGACGGUUCAGCCGUAACAUGGAGGAUCACGCACCCAGAUUCAUGGAGCAAGACCCGAAUGUGGUGCAGCAUGCCCCGGGUCCUCCUGAGCACAUCCCAAGAGACGUGCAGCACAUCUCCAGGACCUCUGAGCCCAUCCACAGACAUGGAGAUCACACCAGGCCUCAGGCCCAUGCAGCAUACAUUCAGGAGCGCAUCUCGAAACCGAUGGAGCACAUACCAAAGUCCACUGAUAGCACCUCUAGGAUGGUGGAUCAUAUAUCGAGGGCCGGAGAUGUGGUCAUCAGGCCUGUGGAGCGCACAUCCAAAGCCAUGGAGCACACACCGAGGCGGGCCAGCCACAUCACAAAGCUGGGGGAUCUCAACCUUGGCCAGCAAGAGGUGGAGCUGCCCGAGGGCUUAGCCAGGGACAACGACCUGGGUGAUGGGACGCCCAUGUACCUCCAGAGGGGCUCAUCGUUCCUAGCAGGGCAGCAUAAAAUCACGGAGGCCCCCUCGAUGGCCAUGAAGCCCAAAACCCGCGUACGGUCCAUGUCUGACAUUGGGGUGCCCCAGAGCGCCACGGUCUACCGGAACCGGGAGAGCUGGGAUGGUGGCGUGGCCAACGGGGAGCUCAGCACCCUGGACACCAGGGUCUCUGUGGCACAGCUCCGCCACUCCUACCUGGAGAAUGUCAAUACCAACAUCAGGAAGCCAGAACCGGAGGCUAAGGUAGAGCUGGCAGCGUUGGAUGUCAGGCCGGAGCGCGAAGGGGGGCCGCGGAGACCCCGCUGCUAUAUCGUCCCCGGUGACGAUAGAAAGACUUCUGAGAGGUUUAGGACUCAGCCAAUCACCUCUGCAGAACGACUAGAGUCCGAUAGGACCCAUUUAAGUCCUACAGAGCUACAGAAGACGGAAGGGGAGGAGGAGAAGCUGGACGAAAGAGCCAAGCUGAGUGUGGCUGCCAAGCGCUCCCUGUUCAGGGAGCUGGAGAAGACCGGUGAUGGCAGUGUGCCCAAACCGGUAUCCCGCAACGCCGCAGUAGAGAGGCGGCUCAGGCGUUUACAGGAGCGUUCCCACACACAGCCGGUCACCACUGAGGAGGUGGUAAUCGCCACCACCGUCCCUGACCCCCAUUCGCGAGCAGUGACCGCCCACACCACCGCCCCAAGCAUCCCGACCCCCACACUAGUCAGCAGCACAGUGACACGCUUCAGCCUACAGGGGUCCUCGCAGCAGAGCCCGGUGACUCCAGAGACUCACUCAACUGAGGCGGUGAUGACAUCAGCAGUACCAGCAGCAGUGGAAGAAAAGGUACCAGAGGAGCCGGACCUGUCUGCCCUCAGCCUGACAGAAAAGAUGGCGCUCUUCAACCGACUGGCACAGAAGCCAACAUCCAAAUGGCUGACGGAAGGGGGGGGGAGUGGGGUCGCUCAGCGCAGAACCUCCAGCCGCUAUCAGACCCAGCCCAUCACCCUUGGGGAGGUGGAGAAGGAAGAGGUUGCUUCGGGUGCUCCUCUGGUGCCAAAAGAUGAUGUAGAAGAGCAACAGAAAGAAAUUCGGCCUGAAACCGUUCAGAAAGGAGGAAAGGUCAAGCCUGAACCUCUAUCGGCCCUGCUGGUCCGGCAGAGCCCAGCGCAUACCACCACAGUUUCGGUUGCCCACGUGGGUGAUGUCCACCUGAGCAGAUCUGCCACCAUUGCAUUCAACCCGGGGGUGGGGGCCAGCGAAUCGGAUGCCACUCCGGUUCCGCCCAAGCGCCGCAGCCCCGCCCGUGUCGAUGACGUCAGUGCCCCCAAACCACCAUGUCCGCCCCAUCUGGAACAGUCAACAGAAAUCAAAAGCUCCUCCCACAGCAUCUCAUUGGUCGGGCUGCGGCAGCAGGCGGGGACAGAAGCAGAGGUUGAUGACAGCUGUGGAGCUGGAGGGGGCGGGGCUAGCUGGAGGAAGCCCUGCCCCCCUAAGGGGGAGGACGAAGUGAAGCAUCCACCAGCCACCCAGCCGAGCCCGUGCAGUCAAUGUGGCCCCACCCCACCGUCGAGGCAAGGCGCCCCCCCACGGAGACCUGAGAGCACAGUCGCCCCGGCAACACAAGAACAUGGGGGCCACGUCAAGGAAAUGAGGACGUCCUCACAGAACCUGUACGAGACAGAGACGACGGUAGUGGUGCACUCCCAGACCACGGUGUCAGAGCUGCAGGAGAGCAGUGUCUCUGCAAGAGCAGCGGCUUCAGCUGCUCCCAGGACCGGCUCCCAGGCUCCGCCCGAGCAGCAGCCAGGCAGCGCGACCCCGGCAGACCGCCAGGGAGAGGACGCGGACGGGAUGUCAACGCAGCAGAUGUCCAUCAAGGAGAGGGUGGCCUUGCUGAAGAAGAGUGGGGAGGAGGACUGGAGGAACAGGAUUAACAAGAAGCAGGAGGCGGUACAGGUGGCAGAGAGUGAGACACAGCUGUGGGAGCAGGAGCAGACUUUCAAGAAAAAGGAGGAAGGGAGGGUGAUCGAUGACUUGGCAGUGUCUGAUGAGUUCUGGGAUCCUGUCUUUUCCACCACAUACUCUCCUCCUCCUGUCCCUGCUGGGCAAAUGAGCCAGCUCAUUGAUUCCCAGCCCCAGGCCAGCCCCCCCAGUACCACAGAGCCCCCCACCAGACAGGUGGAUCACCUUCACCCAUGGAGACGGAAGCGCAUCGGCGAGGAGAUUGAAGCCGAGAUGACUAUCGAGGAGAGGAAACAGCUCAUUAGCUCCAAGGAGGAGACAUGGAAAUCCACUGGUCAGGGGGCAGCCAACGACUCUUCUCAGUUCACCGUGGCUGCGCGCAUGGUCAAGAAAGGUUUAGCGGCACCCGCCAGUCUCCUUUCCCCGAUAAUCUCCCCCCUGGGAAUCCAUACGCGGGGCAACAUGUCUGCCAUCAGCAAGCCCCAGGAAGAAAUUGAGGUGAGACCAGAUAUGAACCUGGAAUCUGACCGAAAGCUUGACAAACUGGAAUCCUUUCUUGGGCGCAUUAACAGUAAAAUGGCAGGCCUCCAGGAGACAACCCUAACCGUAACCGAGAAGGCCGUCAAGGAGGUGAUGAAGCUGGACGAUGAGAUCUUCUCUAAGUUCUACAAAUGCAUGACUGAUUUUCCCCGGAUGAGUGGCAGGAUAGAGAUCGAUGAAGACUUCGACGCCAUCUUUGGCCCUCAUACGCCCAAGCUAACAUCUGCCAUGGUGCAACACAAACGGGAGGUCCGGCCACUGCGGAAGGUGCAGGCAUCACGCAACCCGCUGAAGAUGCUAGCGGCACGUGAGGAUAUCCGGCAAGAGUACACAGAGCAGCGGCUCAACGUGGGCGUGCUGGAAUCCAGGAGGAUGAAGAGCGAGAAAAUGUCAAAAUCCUCCAGCUACUCCGAGGCCGCUCUGGCGGGCCUGGCCAGCAAGGAGAGCUUCAGCAAUGUCAGCCUGCGCAGUGUCAGCAUCUCCGAGCAGAUGUCCAACAACAGUGCCGUGCCCUACAAGACGCUCAUGCUCAUGCAGGUCAAAGGCCGGAGGCACGUGCAGACGCGGCUGGUGGAGCCGAGGUCCUCCUCUCUGAACAGCGGCGACUGCUUCUUGCUAGUGACGCCCCAGAACUGCUUCCUGUGGAUCGGAGAAUUCGCCAACGUCAUCGAGAAGGCCAAGGCUGCUGAACUGGCCAUGUCCAUCCAGACCAAGCAUGACCUGGGCUGCCGAGCAGGCCAAGUGCAGACCAUGGAGGAGAACGCUGAGACCCAGACGCAAGUGGUCAACGAGUUCUGGAACAUUCUCGGGGGACAGGGCAGUUACCAACCGUCUGGCCCCCCCGAGGAGGACGAGCUAUACGAAAGCGCCAUAGUGGAGACCAACUGCACGUAUCGCUUGGUGGACGACAAGCUGGUCCCCGAUGAUGACUUCUGGGGAAAGACUCCGAAAUACUCUCUGCUGGACUCCAAAGAGGUUCUGGUGUUUGACUUCGGCAGCGAGGUCUACGUGUGGCACGGCAAGGAGGUGACGCUGGCGCAGAGGAAGGUGGCCUUCCAGCUGGCCAAGCACCUGUGGAACGGCACCUUCGACUACACCAACUGUGACAUCAACCCUCUGGACCCGAGCGGCUGCAAUGCGCUCAUACCCAGGAAAGGCCAGGGACGGCCUGACUGGGCAGUCUUUGGCCGGCUCACGGAGCACAACGAAACUAUCCUGUUCAAGGAGAAGUUCCUGGACUGGAAAGAAUCGAAGAAACCAGCACAGAAGAACGACAAUGAGCAAGUCAGUCAGCAGAAGGAGCAGCGGGGCUACACGUGCCAGCCGUACAACGCGUCCCUGAUGCUGCCCGUGCUGCAGACGCCCGUCAGCAUGAUGCUGGAGGGCGUGGACGUGGGCAGGGGCUACGGGCUGCUGGAGGGUGACGACCGUCGGCGCUUCGAGAUCAGCACGAUGGGUGUGGACGUCUGGCACAUCCUGGAGUUCGACUACAGCCGGCUGCCCCAACAGAGCAUCGGGCAGUUCCACGAGGGCGACGCGUACGUGGUCAAGUGGCAGUACAUGGUGAGCGCUGCAGUGGGCAGGAGGCAGAAUCCCGAGCAGGUCCGUGUGGGUGGCACUGGCAAGGAGAAGUGCUGCUACUUCUUCUGGCAGGGCCGGCACUCCACGGUGAACGAGAAGGGCACAUCGGCGCUGAUGACUGUGGAGCUGGACCAGGAGCGCGGGGCCCAGGUACAGGUGCAGCAGGGGAAGGAGCCGCCGUGUUUCCUGCAGUGUUUCAACGGCGGGAUGAUUGUGCACUCGGGGAAGAGGGAGGAGGAGGAGGAGAACACGCAGAGUGAGUGGCGCCUUUACUGCGUCCGUGGCGAGGCGCCGGUGGAGGGCCAUCUGCUGGAGGUGCCCUGUCACUGCAGCAGCCUCCGCUCCCGGGCUUCUAUGAUCCUCCUCAGCGUCAACCAGGCUGUCAUCUACCUGUGGCAUGGCUGCAAGGCCCAGCCACACACACGCCAAGUAGGCCGGACGGCAGCCAAUCGGAUCAAAGAGCAGUGCCCCCUGGAGGCGGGGCUGCACAGCAGCAGCAAAGUGACCAUUCACGAGUGCGACGAGGGGGCGGAGCCCACGGGAUUCUGGGAGGCGGUGGGAAGGAGGGAUAGGAAGGCCUACGACUGCAUGCUGCAAGAUCCUGGGAAGUUCAACUUCACUCCACGGCUCUUCCAGUUGACCAGCUCGUCGGGGGAGUUUGUGGCACAGGAGUUCUUCUUCCCUUCCAGGGUGGCUGAGCUGGUCAGCUCGCUGCCCUUCCUGCAGGAGGACCUGUACGCCGCCUCUCAGCCAGCCCUCUUCCUGGUGGACAACUUCCACGAGGUGUACCUGUGGCAGGGCUGGUGGCCCCAGGACUGCGAGAACACAGGCUCCGCCCGCAUCCGGUGGGACACAGACAGGAAAUGUGCCAUGGAAACGGUGCUGCAGUACUGCAAAGCAGGCAUUUCCCCCUCGACAGAGAAGAAUGAGAAGAAGCCACAGAAGUCGUACCUGAUCCACGCUGGCCUGGAGCCCCUCACCUUUACCAACAUGUUCCCCAGUUGGGAGCAUCGGGAGGACAUCGCUGAGAUCACAGAGCGGGAAGCUGAGGUAUGCAACCAGAUCAUCCUAGUGGAGGAGGUGCUGGCACGGUUGUCCAAGAGUUGCUACCCGCUGGAGGAACUCUUGGCACGACCCCUUCCAGAGGGGGUGGACCCACUGCGCCUGGAGAUCUACCUGUCAGAUGAGGACUUUGAGGAUAUAGGGGCUCCUGAACGGCGUGCUCUGGGGAUGAACCGGGAUGAAUUUGAAGGAUUGCCUGGAUGGAAGCAAGUGAACGUGAAGAAAGCCAAGGGUCUGUUUUAGAGGGAGUGCGGUCUGCGGCGGUCAGGGUGCAGUCGGAGGGGGGAGGGGCUCAUCACACGGCCAAUGGCAUCGCUCCGACCUCCCGCCGGAAGCCAUGAAGGGAAUCGCAAGUGCUGAUUGGGCGAGGAACAGAAUCGGUCAAGCCUCCAGGAAGCAGUCGGAGAUACUGUUUCCUGGGGGGGCUUUUUGGGUGUUCUUUUCUUUUUCGAUUUUAUGCCUUUGUAGGAGGGUUCCCAGUGCUCUGGAGACACUUUUUCCAGGAGCUGUCAAGAAGUUGCUUUUAAAAUAUGCACAUGUCCUUUUCACUGUACCAUCUACCAUUCACCCCCGAGUAACACCAAACUGGGCACGUGCUACCUAUCCAAAGCAGUUUUUGUGUGUUUGUGCAAUAUAUAAAUAAUUUGUAUUUAUGUAAACAUCUAAUAAUGAAGGAAAAAACAGAUGCGUUCAUACUGAGGGGUUUGUGUCAUAUGUUGAUAGGAAUGUUCAUUUUCUGUUGACUCUUAAAUGGAAGCAAUGGAGAAAAAAAAAAUAUUAAUGCCAAGGAUUUACUUUUUAUUUUGCAUUCUGAAGUGUCUGUGACCCUCUGCUUACAGGUGCUAAGAUCCGAUUUGUAACUUAAAGGCAUGGAAUUAAAAUUUCCUUGUGAGUUUAAACUAUGUAUAGUGCCUUGCUUUUGUGUACAGUUUAUAUACAGAAGGAUUUUAGUCUGCGUUUCAGAAGAACCUCUUUGUGAUAUAAAGGAAAUGAGACAAAAUAAAAUCUUUAAAUCCCC